AUGGCGGCCGCGGGCGCGUUCAGCCUCAGGGAGGUUCUGGACGCCUUCCGGGGGUGCGUGACCGAGCGGCGGGAGGUGCUGCUGGAGCCCUACCUGAGCGGCUGGUGGGGGCUCAUCCGGUUCCUGCAGAGCCUCGGCGCCGUCUUCGGCUUCAUCUCCAAGGACGCCGUUGCCAAGGUGCAGAUCAUGGAGCGGCACCGCCGGGGGGAGCAGGGGCAGCACUACGAGUCCCUGCAGUCCAUGGUGGAAUUCGAGCUCUCCCGGGGGCCGGCGGAGCUGCGGGGCCGCCCCGACUCCGGGUGCCGGACGGUUCUGCGGCUGCACCGCGCCCUGCUCUGGCUGCAGCUCUUCCUGGAGGGGCUGCGCACGGGCCACAGGGAUUCCCGGACCUCCACCAUCUGCACGGACUCCUACAACGCCUCGCUGGCCAAACACCACCCCUGGGUGGUCCGCAAGGCCGCCACGCUGGCCUUCUGUGCCCUGCCCUCCCGGGACGCCUUCCUGGAGGUCAUGAACGUGGGCCCCCCCGAGCAGGCCGUGGACAUGCUGGGGGAGGCCAUUCCCUACAUCCAGAGUGUCUAUGGCAUCACCCAGGAGCUCUUUGCCCAGCACAGCCUGCUGGACCUGCCCUGACAGGAGGGGGCACAUCCCAGCAGGACUGGGGUGAAAAUCAAGAGUUUCUCUGGCUCUCUGCCCGUGGGCACCUCCACUUUCCCCUUCCCACUUAGCCAAGCUACUCUGGGUGCCUCACCUUACAAAACAUAUACCAGGGUUUUUUAUAUCUAUUUAUGUGAUACAUAUAAAACACAUAUCAUACAUGUAGUUUAUAUCUGUGUCAGUGUCUGGGGGGGGCUCCCCACAGGCUUAAGGAUUUCCUUUCCCUUCCCAGCAGGGAUCUGACCACUGAGCCAAGCUAUUCAGGGUGCCUCACCUUGGAACAGAGAAAUAUGAACCAGGGGUUUUUAUAUCUAUGUAUGUUAUAUAUAGAUACAUGUAUGAAAUGUAUUUUAUAUCUUAGUGUGGAGCUCUACAGUAAGAAAAAAAACCCCUCACAGCAGCAGGAGCUUUAAGGAUUUCCUUUCCCUCUCCAGCAGGGAGCUGACCAUUUAACCAAGCUAUUCAGGGUGCCUCACCUUAGAACAGAAAAAGAUGUACCAGGUUUUUUACAUCUAUUUAUGUUAUACAUAUAAAACACAUAUCAUGCAUGUAUUUUAUGUCUAUGUCAGUGUGUGUGUGGAGCUUGACACUAAGGAAAAAAAAACCCACAGCAGUAUGAGCUUAAAGAUUUCCUUUCC